AUGCGUGACGGACAGAUAGGCCCGAUGUCUGACUAUGAAAAGGCUCUGACGCCCGCCGGACAGGACGGACCAGUCGCUGACUUGCACGCAGCGUUGUCCCUGUCACGAUCAUCACAUCUCGGAGGGUUUAUAAGAUGCAACAGUCCCCUGCAAAUUCGUAAACAUUUGGGAUUUGUGCCCAAAGUCCCUGCUCGCUCCAAUUGGACAGACGAAGCUAAAACCAUGUCUGGGAAGAUGGUGGUGACCCAACCCCGGCCCUUCAUCACGACCUCUUCAUCCAGCCAAUGGACCUCCAGCAUCUGCGACUGCUUCGAAGACCUGCCCCAGUGUUGCUUGGCCUUUUGGUGCUUUCCCUGCUUCACCUGUAAGGUAUCGUACGAGGCCGGGGAGUGUGUGUGCUUGCCCCUGCUGGACGCUUUCGGAAUCAUCCCGCCUAUAACCACAGCCAUCAGGGUGUCAGUGCGUCAGAGAUAUGGCAUCGAGGGCACGAUCUGCAGGGACUGCCUGUUCGCCUGCUGCUGCGGGCCCUGCAGCUGGUGUCAGAUAGCGAGAGAAAUCAAGAUGAGGACAAACCCCAUUACAUUCGUCAGCAUGUCAACCUGAAUUUUCUUUUUUUUGAUCACUGGUAAAGCAAACAUCAUCGCCAUCAUCGGGGACUUCUCUUCAUCAUCAGGGCCCGUGAUGUGAUAAUGAGAGCGGGCCCUUUGAAUCAACUGCGUUCUCAUCUGUUUCUUCGUCUGAUUCUGUGGAAUGUCAUUGAGCAGCUGAGUCAGGAUCAGCAAGCGAUGGUCAUAGAGGAUUCAUCACUUACUGGAAUGACAAAGAGAGAUAAGCAGGUUUUUGGCCUGUGCGACAAUCCACUGACAGAUAUUGGGGACGAGCCAGGGACAGUGGGAUGUGUAGAUUUCUUAUUAUUAUCACUGAUAGAUAUGUUUCUUCACCAUGUGCAUACAUUCCUGUAUCACUGGUUACACUAUACUACAAUUACAAAUUUUAACGGACUGUUUUUCCCUUCUGUUUUACUCGCUUUGCGUCUUUCUCCAUUCAUAUAUUUAGUUUCUUCUAUUUAAAACAUGGCUGCUGUUAUUUUUGUGUGACGUUGCUAACAGCUGAGCCCCCAUUUGAGGCCGUUGCAUGGUACAAAGGCAAUAAACUAGGAUUUUUACCCAAAGUACAUCCACACGCUGCUUCUAAGCAAUCUGGUGUGGUGAUUGUCCGCUCAGGGAGAUUUUGAUUGCUAACGCCCUCCAUUUUCAUAGCAAAACAACAUAACAUUAAUCACCGUCUCUCCUGAGAGGUCAAGCAGGUCAAGCUGAGAGUUAUUGCCCUCUACUGAAUCAGGAGGGAAACUACUUUAGACGGUCUGAUGUGCUUCUCGACUGUAGAUUUUGAAUUAAAACAGGUAAUAACAAGUUGAAGGAGAACUUUUCCUCCUACGUUUGAAUGAAUGUUGGAAUUUCAAAUAAAAGGUGACAGCCCUAAUAAGGACCUCAUUCUAAAGCAAUAAAAACAAAAGGAUUCUUAGUUCCAGGGGAUUAUAAGCUAAUAAAAUCAUUAUCAUGGAUAUCAUAUUCCAUUUAUCCCUAUCGAUCCUCCUACAUCCUAAACACACCAGCAUUAAGCAUUAAAUACCACAUUCGCCUCCAUGUGAUAAAACCAGUUAGGACAAAAAAGUUUCAACACCAGGUGACUAUUAAUCUAAUUCAACUCUAAACUCUGAACCAGAAAACACUGAAGCAUAUUUGAACACUGCUGGACUUGAUUUUCUAGUGCGCAUGUGAAGCUCCCAGACUCAGUUUAUAUUCCCACAAACUUCAGGUUCGUGUGAGAUUACUAGAGGGACGUGUUUUGAUGGAUAGUAAACAACUGUCACCAAGUGACAGGACAAGGCAGGUAUGUGAGUAAAUGGUGUGAACGCUGUGAUGCGGAUUCAAAGGAGCCAUAUCACGGCAAGGAACAAUAGUAGGAAGGAAAAGUUUGGAACCGGCGAGCGUCUCGGGAGCUUUGCUCAGAUAUUUGGGCUUCGGGUCAACUUUGAAAAAAGGUGCAAUGAAUGUCGAGCGUGUCCCACGAGAAAAAUUAUGAAAGGUGUUUACUUUUUCACGACUUCCUUAUUGGAGUGAUCGCCACGGCAACACAUGUGUUCAUCAACAACCGGCAGCCUGGUAGUUGUGUUUAUAUAAUUUCAUUAUAUCUCCUGCUUGUUUGCCGUGUUGCCAGAGCAUAAUAAAUGUGAUAUAUUGAUACAUCACUGACUUCUCCAGUGUUAUAUCAAUAUUCACUGGAAAAGUCAGGCUGCCUUAAGUCAACAUCUAUAUUCUUAACAUUGAUGUAAUAAAGGCCAACAACCUUGUUUAGAUGCAGCAUCAAGUUUUCAGAUGCACUUCACCUGAAUCCACUGCUGUUGUUUUCCUUCACAACUGGACAAACUUCUUAAUUUUUAAUGUUUCAAGCACUAAUCUGAAAUGUUUUAAAAAUUGUUCAAGGAUAUUUUAGACCAUCCCCUGAUAAAUUAUUGCAAACCCAUCAGAGCCUUUUUCGAGGGGCUGUGGGUUUAUAGCUGAUUUGUCUGUUUCACCUCCUCUGAGUAUUUCUGUCUCCCUCUGGUGGAUAUACUGGGGAUCACCCUCCAGAGAUUAUGUGUCCCAUCAGGCCUUUCACCUGUGUCAAUGUGUUGUUUCCAUGUGCACAACUGCUACAUGAUCCAGGCGAGUUAGGAUCAGUUUACCUGUUCGGGUCAUGGCCCUUAACCUUAUGAUUUAGUUUGUGCUAAAUUAUGUUUUCUUGUUUAAAGAGCCAAUAAAUCAACAGCAGAUCUUG